GUUACUUUUGGGAAACUUGUUAUGCCGGUGGUGACUUAAGAGAUUCCGCCGAAAUUUGGAUUUUCCAGCUUCCGAGGUGGUUGCCUCGCAAUUGUAGUUCGUGAUUAAGGAAAAAACCCAAACCAAAAUGCCGAAAGCCGAAGGAAGGUCGCAAAACCCGAGCCAGAAACCGCCGAAGCAAACGCCUAGUUCCGGCUUGGCUGGGAUCAUCAUCAAGGUGGAACUGACCAACUUCAUGUGCCACGGCCACCUGUUGCUCGAGUUCAACCCCAAGGUGAACCUGGUGGUGGGCAAGAACGGCAGUGGCAAGUCGGCCAUCAUGUCCGCCCUCAUGGUGGUGUUGGGCACCAAGGCGUCAGACACAGCCCGUGGCCGCUCGUUGGCCGCAUUCGUGCGGCUUGGCUGCAGACAGGCGUGCAUCAAAAUCACCCUGAAAAACAGAGGCCCAAAUGCCUACAAGGUCCAGAAGUACGGACACGAAAUCGUCCUCAAUAGAACCAUUUCAGUGAAGGGAUCCAGUCGGUUGACAGUUGGAUUGGCGACAGGUGGUGCGGGCACUUGCGGGCGGGCUGAGCUCAACGAAAUCUUGCAGGCGCUCAACAUCAGCCUCCCAAACCCUUUUGCCCUGCUCACUCAAGAGACUAUGAAGACAUUCCUGAACAACAACAAGCCUAGCCACAUGUACAACCUGAUCGAGCAAGGCACUGGGAUUACAGCCAUCAAGACCCGCCUUGCUCUUUUGAGAGAUAAUCUGGCCUCCUUGGGAGAAAAACGAGACCAAAUGAUCAGUUUCCUUCGACAGCUUGAGGAGCAGCUGAAAGAUUGGAAAACGAAGCAAAAGCAGCUGCUGAAGGCUCAACAGGCCUCCACCCGAAUCGACCAGUUGCAGCUUGAGUUGGCUUGGGCCUCUGUGGUUGAGGAAGAGGAGAAGGAGCGCUCCUUGCUGGCCAAAUUGGAGGCGCAAGACGAAGACUCAAAGACGCACAAGACUAAGAUGGAGAAAGUGGCCAAAAAGAUGGAUUACUACAGGGAGGAGAUCAAGAAGCAAAAUGUAGACUGCGCUAAUGCACGAAUGUUGUACACCUCGAAGAAAGAUGAGAAAGACCGAAUGCAGCAGCAGCACGUUGAGAUUCAGUCCAAGCUGGACGAGAUGCGUCGCUCCAAGAACUCGCUUGACAAACAGUUGCAGACUCUGAAUCAAGAAAAGAAAGUUCUGCAGUCAGAAAUCAGCAAAAUUGCCAAUCGUUCCGCUGAUGAGGAGCUGAGGAAGAGGGCCAAGGAGCAGGAGGAGAUGGAAAGGAAUAAAGUCCAGCUGUCCGAGGUUAAAAAUGAGCUGCGACCUCUCUUGGUCAAAGUGGAUGAGGGCAGACAGCGCUUGCGAGAUCUGCAGCAACAACUUGCUGCUGCCAAGGAGCACCACCAAUCUGCUUUGAAUGAGCAAAGACAAGCUGAGCAGAACUUUGACAGAGUGAGGAGACAGUCGGAUGUCUCGAUCAUUCCUCCCGCUUACGGCAACAGAAUGCCUGAUUUGCUCAGGGAAGUGGACAAGGCUGCGGAAAGAGGCCUUUUCAAGCACAAGCCGAUUGGGCCUAUCGGAAUGCAUCUGAAACUGAAAGACUAUUCCUGGAAUUUGGCUGUGGAGAACCUGCUGAGAGCUGAGAUGCAGGUGUUUUUCUGUGACAACUACAACGACCAGAAGGAGAUGGACAAGAUGGCACGUCGAAUCUUGGGAAACGCUGUCCCCUGUGUGGUCAGCAAAUUUUUCGACAAGCGUUUUGACAUUUCAAGAAAUAGAGCAGAGAUCCCCCAGGGAAUGGUGAGCUUGUUGGACAUUCUGGACAUUUCUGAUGCUCGUCUGUUCAAUUACCUGCUGGAUCAAAAACGAGUUGAAAACAUUCUGCUGUGUGACAAUACCCAGCAUGCUAUCAAUGUGAUGCAAAGAGGCCAAACAGUUCCUAGGAAGUGCAUUAUGGUUGUGACCAAAGAUGCUGAACAGGUCUACCCUUAUCCAAACUUCAAGGUCUAUGGCAAGGAAACUGAUGUGCUGUACCUCUUGAAGAAUCGUGAGGCCAAUUUGGCUCUGUACGAACAGCGCCUAGCCCAUGCCAACCAAGAGAAAGUGGUUGCGGAGAGAGAGUACAGACAGUGUGAGAAGGAGUACAGGAGUGUGAGGGAAAGACUGUCUGCCCUUGAGUCUCGUCGCAAGAACUUGGACUCAACUGCCGAACGCCUUGAGUCUGCCAUUCGGCAGGUGGAGAACUUGCCUCCCAUCAACACCACUGACAACAUGCAAACUCUGAGAGAGGAAAUGAAUGAAAUGCAAGAGGAAAUUGAAAAGGUGCAGCAGGAGAAGGAGCACCUGGCCGAGAGAAAUGCCGAGACAGAAAAAGAGAAGAACGAGAUUGUGAGGCAGAUGAUUCACCUGGCUGCUGAAUGCAAGGCCUUACAUGAGAAGUACUGCGAGUGUAACAACAGAAAACUAGAGUUAGAGGAGUUGAUGGAGGCCGAGGAGAACAAGUCUCAAGCCAGGAACCAGCAACUCUCCAAAAUGGCCCAGAGGAAAGCUGAGAUGGAGGCUGAAUUGGCCAACCAGAGGAAGAAGACUCUGACAGCCACUGUUGAAGCAAACUUGAUAGGCACAAGAGUUGACACGGGCAAGUCGAAGGCCAUAAUUCAGAAGGAAAUUGAGCGCCAGAACUCUUUCCUCAGGAAGCUGCACAGCGCUUUGGAGAAUGAAGAAACUGUUGCUGCAGAGGUGGCAAAGCUUGAGAGAAGUGUGGCCGAGCAGCUGGCCAAGGUUGAUUUGGUGGCCUCCAAUUGGGCCGAAAUGGAUGAGAGUAUGAAGAAGAGGGUCAGCCUUUAUGGCACCACAGUCAUGAACACCUACACUCACAUCAACCUGUACUUCUCUAAUCUCUUCGAGACCCAACCAAUCAAGGGAUGUCUUGAUGUGAAAUUGGAAGAGAGAAUCAUGACCAUCAAGACUGACAAUGAGUUCAGGGGUGAAGGCAGGGAGGGCGCCCACAACCUGUCCGGAGGAGAAAGGUCUUUCACCACAGUGGCGUUGGUGUUGGCUGUGUGGAGCAAACUGCUCAUCCCCUUCUACAUGCUGGACGAGUUUGACGUUUUCAUGGACAUGGCCAACAGACGCAGGGCCAUGGACAUGCUGCUGGAUGAGGCCAGAUCAAGGCCCGACAACCAGUUCAUCUUCUUCACUCCGCAGGAAAUGAACUUGGCAGCCAACCCUGACCUCACCAUUCACAAACUGAUGGACCCUCGAGACUCCUAAUUAUAGAUUUCUCUCUUUGUUUGAUAAGUAUUGACUACCUGUCGAGAUUACGAAUUUUUAUAAUUACUGAUUCAUCAAUGCGCAAAUAGCAAUUCUACAGAAAAUACUUGUGGAUAUUUUUUACGAAUAUUCUGAUAAUUUUAUUAGCCAACAUAAAAGUAUAAAAUGCACAAAUUCAACAAGACUUAAGCUAGAGUUUGAGCUGUGGGUGCAACAUGGGCAGCAGACCAGCGAGCGAUGAGACAACUCCAAGAAGUCCAAUAGUCGCGGGACCUAGUCUGAUAUGCUCGAGGGCAGUCAGAGGAAUGAAAAAGUCGCAGCUGUUUUUGACGGUGUCCACAAUCCAGGGCCCCUCUCCUGAGAUGCUGCCCUUUCGCUCCUUGGCUUCUCGAAGGGCCAUCAGGUCUCGCACCAAGUUCAUCGUCACCGAGUACAACCAGUACCUGAUAAUUUUUCCCGUUACAAAUAAGGGUGCGAUUUAUAAACUGGUAAACCUGUUGGCUAUGCUAGCCCAUUUCUUGGCGUCGACCUUGGCUAGUCCGGCCCGUCCGAGCCAGAGGAUGUGGUCGGCAAAAAGGAAGAGGGCAUGAGCGAUGCGUCCGAGCGCCAGGAUGGUCCUCUGGGCGGCGUCAGGGUGCGACAUGGCCUGCAGGGCAGAGUGAACGGCCUCCACGCACCGUCCCCAUCGAAGCAGUUUGCGGAAGGUUGAGAGGGCGUUCUCGAGGCCCUGCAGUUUGUGAACCGCCCUCGGCCGUCCCUCCAAAAGAGCCCAUAGCGCUCGGCUUAGAUACUGCAGAAGUCUGAAAGAAUUUUACCCUCAAUUAAUAGGAACAAAGGUUCAGAGCAAAUUAUCUGACAGAGAUUCUAUGUCAAAAAUUUAAUCUCUUCUUGAGGGAUAAGCACUUUAACUUUAAUUUAAUUAUUAAUUACGGAGUCGAUUUUAAUUAUUAACCAUUGUAAAAGAGAGAUAGUAAAUUUGUAUGUAAAUUAGCAAUAGGAUAAAUUAAGAAUGAAAAAUGUAAUAUUUAUUUUUUUAUUGGUAAUGUUUGUUUAUUUUCAAUUAUUAUGUAUUUUGAAGUUCCGUACCUUGCGAUUUUAUCGCGUCCAGCAGUCUGGUUGUUCAGCCGAAUCAGGGCUUCCAUCGCAGCCCUUGGAAAUACUUCAAAAUUUCGUUCGGAUUUUUUCCUGGGCUUGAAGAAACAAAAAUGGGUACAUGAAUGCUGUAU